GUCUUCUCAUCAGUGUCAUCUAUAUACGAUGGCUACCUUCGAGAUACCAUCGGUUUCUAUUUAUUUUCAAUGAUACGUAUUGAUCUAUUGUCUUAUAUCUUAUAAUUCUAUCCUGAUGCGCGCCAUGAAAUACUUACUAAUCGCUUAUUGACCUGACUCAUUGUACAUUUCCCUGUAUAUGAUUGCAUCGGAAAACCCAUUCAUGACACUCGAAACCACCAAAUCUCAUACUCCAUCCUCACCGACUCUUUCCCUUCCGUCAUCUUCUUCUUCGUUCAGGUCCCUGUGAGCUCACUAGCCUUCACAAUGUCUCGAGAUGCGACCCAGGCUAAAGUUCCAGCCAUACCGAUCUCCACGGCGAAAUCGGAGAAUAAAUGGAAUACGCGCAGUUUAGGACUGAGGUUUGCGGCCGAUGCUACAAGUGCCGCUGUCGCGGGAGCUCUUAUCUGUCCUAUUAUUACUAUUAUUGAUCGUGCCAUCAUUGAAAAAGCGUCCAAAGGUAUAUCGAUUCGACACACGCUAUCAACAUGUCUUCGGUCGAUGAUUACCAAACCCGGCGGCUUCUUCCUCUCGACCCCGUUUAUACUCAUAUAUACUCUGUACGGCGGUACAUAUUUGACAGCCAAUGCAAUCGAUACCGUCACAUCGACACUACGCAAUCAACCCUUUUCUACCGUGACCCCCGGCACGGCCAAAUUUCUUACUACAACGAUUGUAAAUAUGUCCAUAUGCGUUUAUAAAGAUGCUCGAUUCGCAAAACUGUUUGGUCCGUCGAGUGACCCGUCUACUCAAUGCCAUCCCUCCGCGCCGGCCGUUACUGUUGCUACUACCGGUGCGUCAUCCCUAUCAGCUGCCACUGCAACUGCUGCGACAAUUGCAAAACAAACCCCGACUAUUCCUAAAGUUUCAUAUGCAUUGUUCUGCUUGAGAGAUAGCGUGACAAUCUUUGCUUCUUUUAAUAUUCCUCCCUUGAUCGCUUCCUCGGUACCGGAUUGGAUCGUCUCAACGCCAGGCAUGAAAGCCGCCGUCGCGCAAUUCUCGUGUCCAGCGCUGAUGCAGUUCGUCAGCACACCGAUGCAUUUAUUGGGUCUGGAUUUAUAUAAUCGUCAACCUCCCGGUGGUCUCGGUUGGCGGGAACGACUCCUCCGUAUUCGGAGAGAUUAUAUUGUCAGUUCGUUUGCGCGAAUGGGCAAGAUCGUUCCUGCUUAUGGGGUUGGAGGAGUUGUGAAUGUGAGACUGAGAGCUGCUUUGAUGGAGAAGUUGCAGCUAGAUGAUGAACGAAAGCAUCAUUCGUUGGGUCGCUCUUUGUAGGCGAAUAGAAUGAUGAACCUUAUGACCAUAUAUGUACAUUUGAUACACGUCUUUACGCCUUGUUUCAGAUUCUUGGCUUAUUCUGUCGAUACUUACACGUCCACACUCUACUCUGGCGUUUCUAGAUGGAUGGGAUUUGGUACUCGGAUCUUGCGUCGAUCAUACCAGUUUUCGGUUCGAUGUUUACCUUGGAGGACAUGGAGUUUGGCUGUUAGAUAUGUUCUUUAGAUAUUUUAGAUUCGUGAUAAUAGACUCGUUUAAUGUUUAUC